AUCAACCCUUUCUGUCUUGACAUCUGAAGGAGGAGUCUCUGAAAACCUAUUUAAAUCAGUCUGUCCUGACUCAGCUCAGCAGUCUCCAGUCUACCAGCUGGUCUCUGUAAUAACUAUUUAAAUCAGUCUGUCCUGACUCAGCUCAGCAGUCUCCAGUCUACCAGCUGGUCUCUGUAAUAACUAUUUAAAUCAGUCUGUCCUGACUCAGCUCAGCAGUCUCCAGUCUACCAACUGGUCUCUGUAACUUCAUCUUUGUCUCUGUGGUGUACAGUCUCCAGUCUACCAACUGGUCUCUGUAACUUCAUCUUUGUCUCUGUGGUGUACAGUCUCCAGUCUACCAACUGGUCUCUGAAAACCUAUUUAAAUCAGUCUGACCUGACUCAGCUCAACAGUCUCCAGUCUACCAACUGGUAUCUGUAACUUCAUCUUUGUCUCUGUGGUGUACAGUCUUCAGGUGAUGAUGGGGUUAUUGAAUCAUCUCUCUACUCUCCUCCUCCUCUCUCUCCUUCCUCCUGCUCUCUCUCAUGUAGUGGUUAAGUUCAGUGAUGUUCCACAGUGCCAGAAGUUCUUCCUGGAGGGGAAAACUCCAAAUCUACCGGAUAUUUUGGUUGAUGGGAUAGUCAAGGACCAGAACCGCUACAAGCCGAUCUGCCAGUUGUUCAACAACAUCUACAGGUUUGCAACUCUCUACGACACGACAAACAGGAUCCCUGUGUUCUCAGCCUACACCUUCUCUGGUCGUCCUACAGACUGCAGACCAAAACAUCAACCCUGGAUGAUGGAGCCCCAGCUCAACGAUGUAAACAACAGCCCUGAAAUGAAGAUUAUGGGAGAACACUCUCAACACCAGGCUGGGAACGACGACUAUAUUAACUCAAUACAAAAGAAAGGGGUGAACAGAGGUCACCUCUUCCCAUGUUCACAUGCUCAUGACCUUGAUACUCAGAAGUCCACCUUUACCCUGACCAACAUCGUUCCCCAGGUGGUGUCCUUCAACGGGGGCAGCUGGAGAGAAAUGGAGGAACAUGUCAGAGAAAAGCUUGAGACGGACUGUAUUAAUAACAACAGGAAGAUAAAGGCCUAUGUGGUGACUGGAGCAGUUCCCAGUGACAACAACAAACUGAACAACAGAGUGAACAUCCCAGGUCUCAUGUGGACAGCCUACUGCUGUUACAACAACAACCUGAGAAAGUGGGUGGCCCGAGCACACUGGGGUCAGAACCAAAAGGAGGGCAAGGGGAAGACAUUGCCCUCAGAAACCUUGGCAGAUCUGUAUAACAUGUUGAACCCGAACUACCCAGGUGGUGUCCAGGUUUUCCCAGAGCAGUGUCCAACUGGUGUCAAACCUACUACUACUUCUACUACUACUACGUCUACUCCUCCCCAUUCCUGGAGGAAAUAUCUUGACAUAAUUUCUUUCCCACUGAGGCAUCUUUACAAUGCAUUGAUAAAUCAUUCUAGAAGGUUCUUUGGAUGAUCUGGGUACAUAUGCUCUCACUAUAUCAACAAAUUGUCAACUAAACUCUGGUUAUGGUUAGAUAACGGUUAUAAUGGUAAUAAGGGUUAUAAGGGUAAUAAUGGUUAUAAUGGUUAUAAUGGUUGUAAUGGUUGUAAGGGUUGUAAGGGUUGUAAUGGUUGUAAGGGUUAUAAGGUUUGUAAUGGUUAUACGGGUUAUAAUGGUUAUAAUGGUAAUAAUGGUUGUAAGGGUUAUAAUGGUAAUAAUGGUUGUAAUGGUUAUAAUGGUUAUAAUGGUUGUAAUGGUUGUACGGGUUGUAAGGGUUGUAAUGGUUGUAAGGGUUAUAAUGGUAAUAAUGGUUAUAAUGGUAAUAAUGGUUGUAAUGUUUGUAAGGGUUAUAAUUGUUAUACGGGUUAUAAUGGUAAUAAUGGUUGUAAGGGUUAUAAUGGUUGUAAGGGUUAUAAUGGUAAUAAUGGUUGUAAGGGUUAUAAUGGUAAUAAUGGUUAUAAUGGUAAUAAUGGUUGUAAUGUUUAUAAGGGUUAUAAUGGUUAUACGGGUUAUAAUGGUUAUAAUGGUAAUAAUGGUUGUAAGGGUUAUAAUGGUUGUAAGGGUUAUAAUGGUAAUAAUGGCUGUAAGGGUUAUAAUGGUUGUAAGGGUUAUAAUGGUUAUAAUGGGAAUAAUGGUUGUAAGGGUUAUAAUGGUUGUAAGGGUUAUAAUGGUUGUAAGGGUUAUAAUGGUUGUAAGGGUUAUAACCUAGUUGGAAGAAUUUCUUCCGUAGCGAGGAAUCUUUACAAUUCCAUGAGAAAUAGUUCUGGAAGGUUCUUUGGAUGAUCUGGGUACAGAUGCUCUCACCAUAUCAACAAACUAUCAUUACUGUUAGAGUAAUGAUUAUCAGGGUUAUAUUGGUAAUGAGGGUUGUAAUGGUAGUGAGGGUUGUAAUGGUAAUGAGGGUUGUAAUGGUAAUGAGGGUUAUAAUGGUAAUGAGGGUUGUUAUGGUAGUGAGGGUUAUAAUGGUAAUGAGGGUUGUAAUGGUAAUGAGAGUUAUAAUGGUAAUGAGGGUUGUUAUGGUAGUGAGGGUUGUUAUGGUAAUGAGGGUUGUCAUGGUUACAUGUCAACAUAUGUACACUUUCAAUUGUAAUACUUUUCUCUUCUGUCUAUAUAUAUCUAUAUACUCCCUCUACCCAUCUCUUCUAUGUCUAUAUAUAUCUGUAGUCUAUACUCUUCCCUUCCCUCUCUGUCAAUCUCUUCUAUGUCUAUAUAUAUCUGUAGUAUAUACACUUCUCUCCCCUCUAUACUCUUCUCUUCUAUGUCUAUAUAUAUCUAUAUACUCCCUCUCUACCCAUCUAUUCUAUGUCUAUAUAUAUCUAUAGUCUAUACUCUUCUCUGUUUAUAUCAAAUAUAAAAAGUAUGUAAGGGGACAGAAUUCUAUUUUAAUAAAUAAAAUACAGUUUAAUUCCUUGAUGUGCUGCCAUUACUCUUGUUAAUGUUAAUAAUGAGGUUUAGAGCAGGGUUGAGGUCAAUUCCAUUUCAAUUCCAGUCAGUUCUAGAAGUACACUGGAAAUCCAUUUCUCUGCCAUGCUUUUCAAUGAGGAACAUUUGGAAUUGAAAUGGAAUUAACCCCAACACUGGCCUACAGUUUGUCAGGUUGUGACUUCCUUAUGACUGUUACCAUGGAGAUACUAUUAUAUGUUCUGAAUGUAUUUCUAUCACUGUUACCAUGGAGAUACUAUUAUAUGUUCUGAAUGUAAUUCUAUCACUGUUACCAUAGAGAUACUAUUAUAUGUUCUGAAUGUAAUUCUAUCACUGUUACCAUAGAGAUACUAUUAUAUGUUCUGAAUGUAAUUCUAUCACUGUUACCAUGGAGAUACUAUUAUAUGUUCUGAAUGUAAUUCUAUCACUGUAUGUCUCCAUCUUCUUCCCAUCUGAAGGAAUAAACAUCUAUAAUGAAUGAA